AUGUCUCCAUAUGGUGACCGCAUGAACAUUCUCCAACGAUUCGAAAACAUGAUCAGCUCAGUGCUCGGAGAAAUUUUCUUCCGCAAUCUCUUCGAAGCUGAAACCAAGGCAUUUCGAGCCAAAUUUGGGCCACAUUUCAAGGGCUACCAGGAACUCCUAGCUGAGGUCUCUUACGCAUUCAUAAAUUCAAAUCCUUACCUCGACUUCCCACGCCCUAUGCUGCACAAAACCGUGCCAAUAGGUGGAAUUACGGUAAACAUCGAUCCGAAGAAGAACAUAUUAUCGGAGGAAUGGGACAGUAUCCUGAACCUGAGAAACAGCACAGUGCUGGUGUCAUUUGGCUCCAUGGCAAAAUCGGUGCUCAUGCCCGACGAGUAUAAGUAUGUUGCUAUUUUUAAAUCUCAGCAAGAAUGCAACACACUCAUUUGA